CGGGUUCGGCUUUGGCUAGUCUUGGCAUUUCUUCUAGUGCCAAAAUGAAGCUAAUUAUUCUAAGUGUUGCGUUUCUGGGAGUUUUCCUACCCCCAGUUUUGACCGACAAUAACAUAAUUCAAAACCACCAGGAAGAUGUUGGAGGAAAUUCACAUCAGACUGUGAACAUUGACCAUAAAAGGCAGGUGGUGAACAUAGACAAUAGCAAUGGCUGGAAUUCUUGGAGCUCCGUCAUGGAUUACCAGACUGGUUUCAUGGCAGUCCGGGUAUUUUCCAAGAAGUCCUGCUUCAUCUCCAGAAUGAAUAAGCAGAUCAUGCCAGAUCUAACCACUCUUCCCAAAAUCAUCCGGGAAAAGCAGAAGGAUCCUAGAAAAGGGGCUGCCCCAAAGGAGGCCUCCUUCAACGUCUCCCCCAAGAAGAUCACAGACCUGUCCAUAUAUGGGAAGCAGUUGCAAACUUUUUGCAAAGGGAUCCCCACCUAUCUUGCUUCUGAAGUUACCAAGCCAAGCUUUUUCUUCGCGGAAGAAUCCUGCACACGAAUCAACAUCCUUUUCAUCUUCCGCUUCUGUUACUGUCAAAGAAAGGCUUAUAAUUAACCGUCCACCCAGCGAGCCUCAGCGUGUGACCAGAAGCGAUCCUUCUGACUGGGGUUUUUAGCCGCUUAAUCUUCUCUGCUCAGAGGACAGAAAAGUGAGACUGCUGGCCAAUUAAAAAUGUGCAUUGAACUAGCAA